GCGAUGCCUGUGCGGCCUGUGCGCUGGGCCCGCUGGGCCCGCUGGGACUGGGCUCCGCUCCUGGUCGUGCUGGCCCUCUUCCUCCUGUUGGGACUGCUCCCCGCCGCGUCGCCGCGCCGGCCGUCUAAAGACUACAAACUGGUGCUGCGCAAUCUUUUCCUGAGGAACUGUCCAGACACGCCCGAUGCCUACGCGAAAAUAGACGAGGCGACUAAAAUACAUCUUCUGAGAGACGGUGGACAGCUCAUCGACGUGAACUUCACCGUGGCGAAACCAGUGCGCAGUGUACGCGUGGUGUCGAUGAAGAUCAACAAGUGCCGAGACGUGGUGUCCCACGACACGUGUGAGUACUUCACCACGUGGUCCUGGAAAACGGGGAUCUGCAACAUCAUCGUGAUGCAGAACAUGGUGUGGUCCACCCUCGUCGAGGGCAUAGAGCCCAAGCUUAAGUGUCCCAUCCAGGCGGGGAACUACUCCAUGCACAACGGGACGUUUGACGUCAACAACCCCAUGUUUCGCAGCGUGUUCGAAGCCAACGUGUGGACCGGCGUCUUCUCCGCCAUCGACCAGGACGACGCCACGUUCGUCUGCAUCGAGGGAGGCUUGCAGGGCAUCAAAGUCCGCGCCCCAAGUUCCGCGCACUGACCCGCGGCUACUUACUUUAAAUGACAUUUAUGUUUACGGCAGGGAUACAUUUUUAAAAGUACAGCAAUGGACACGCUUUUACACUUUUGACUUAG